GGUUACUUGGCCGUAACUCUUUUAAUGCAUGAAAACAGUGAUCUUACUCGUUUGGUUAUCAAUUCAAUACGAAAAGAUCUUGAUGAACUUAAUGAGAUCUAUAACUGCCUCGCUUUACAUGCAAUUGCAAACAUUGGAGGUAGAGAAAUGGCUGAAUCAUUAUCAUCAGAUGUUCAUCGCCUUUUAAUAUCUCCCAAUUCUAAAAGUUUUGUCAAGAAAAAAGCUGCUCUGACUCUUUUACGUUUGUACAGAAAACAUCCUGACGUAAUUCCCGCGAAUGAUUGGGCGGGUAGGAUUAUCAUGCUAAUGGAUCAACCUGACUUGGGUGUUACAUUGUGUGUAACGAGCUUAAUAAUGGCAUUGGCGCAAGAUAAUCUAGAUGCAUACUUGGGUUGUUACGCUAAGGCUGUUAGCCGAUUAUCAAAGUAUUAUCCGCCCUCUGAUGAUCGUGAAAUCCAAAGUAAACUACACGUUAUACUCCAGACAAUAAUCAACAAUUCUCAAGAAGCUCAAAAAAAUGUUCAGCAUAACAAUGCUCAAAAUGCUGUGUUAUUUGAAGCCAUUAAUCUUGCAAUUCAUUUAGAUACUGAAUCGCAAAUUGUCAACCAGGCUGCCGUUCUUCUCGGAAGAUUUAUAAUAUCAAAAGAAACUAACGUAAGGUAUUUGGGUUUAGAAACCAUGGCUCAUUUAGCUGCUUGUGUGGAUUCAUUAGAACCAAUUAAAAAGCAUCAAGAUACUAUUUUAUUAUCAUUACGAGAUAAGGAUAUCAGUGUACGACGUCGAGGUCUUGAUCUUUUAUAUAGUAUGUGUGACGUUACUAAUUCUAAGGUCAUUGUUGCUGAAUUAUUGCGCUAUCUUAAUAUUGCCGAUUAUGCUUUACGUGAGGAAAUGGUUCUUAAGAUUGCAAUUUUAACUGAGAAAUUCGCCACUGAAUAUCAAUGGUACGUUGAUAUAAUUUUACAAUUAAUUAGUACUGCCGGUGAUCAUGUUGGCGAAGAAGUGUGGUAUCGCAUAGUACAGAUUGUUACUAAUAAUGAAGAACUUCAAGAGUAUGCUGCGAGAACUGUAUUCACUCAUCUAAAGUCUCCUGCAUGUCAUGAAAACUUAGUAAAAGUGGGUGGUUAUAUUCUUGGUGAAUUCGGUCACCUUAUCGCUAAUAUGCCUGAAGCAAGUCCUCAAGAACAAUUUCGUGCUAUUCAUUCAAAAUUCGGUUUAUGUACACUUCAAACACGAGCCUUACUUUUAACCACUUACUUUAAGUUUAUCAACCUUUUUCCCGAGAUGAAAGGGGAAAUUUUGUCUGUUUUCUAUCGGUAUCGCCAUGUGUUGGAUUCUGAACUCCAACAACGUGCUGCCGAAUAUUUAGCUAUCUCAACUAUGCCGAAUGAUGAUCUCUUGCAGUCAAUUUGUGAAGAGAUGCCACCAUUCCCUGAACGUGAAUCUGCGUUACUAUCGAGGUUGCACCAAAAGCACACGGAUACUGAAGAUAAACGAACAUGGAUUAUUGGUGGCAAAGAUGCUAAUAAAGAACGAGAUGUGGCUCGAUUGACUUUAACAAGUAGAAAUAACUCUAUGGAUAAUAAAGUAAAAAAUGAAACGAAUGGCAAUAAUGAGAUAGAUCUUGUUAGUUUUGAAGGACUUAAAAUUAGUAAUGGAGACCAAUUGACUACAACAAACUCAGGGUCUGUAACAUCUGGUUCAGAAAAAGUUCCUGAUCGACUGCUAUUCACAACUGAAGGUGUACUAUAUGAAAACACCCAGAUUAUGAUUGGUAUUAAAUCAGAAUACCAUG